AUGGACAGGCUAUCAGAAAGCGAUCCUGAAGAAGAAUAUGUAGAUAUUAGUGAUGAUAAUUCGAUAGAGAUUAUACCCAAAAUAGAAAAUGAUGAUGAUACACAAAUUUGUAUCGAAGAACCCAUAAUUGUAGAAAACAGCUAUGUGUUGUACCCUAUUGUUGGAAAAGAAGCAGAUGGAAAAUUUGAGUCAAAAAGAAGGUAUAGGGAAUUCAUCGCUUUGAGAGAAAAUUUAAAGUGCCAAUGGCAAGGAUGCUAUAUUCCUCAGAUUCCUCCAAAAGUAUAUAUUGUAAUUAUAACCAUAGGGAAAUCUAUGAAAAAAUGUAAUAGAUCAAAGAAAGAAGCUCCUAGAAAGCUUUCUUCAAAAACUUAUUAAAAUUCAUCAUUUAUACCAUUCAGAACUGGUCCAAUGCUUUUUAAAAUCCUCACAAGAAAUUCCAAAAACUCCUUAUAAGUGCUCAUAUUUUCAGCUUUCUCAAAUUUACGAAAAUAGUUUUCCUGAUUACUCUAAUUUUAUCGCAAAUCAAGAGCAUAUCCUGAUGCUAGAAAACGAAAAAAUAUAUUUUACUUCUCAUUUAAAAGAUUUACAACUUUUUAAAUAUAAUUGCUAUGGAACGGCUUGGAGUUUUGAUCAGUAUAAUGAAAGAUUGCAAAUAAUGUAUCAAGGGCUGAAAGGCGUCUCCAAAAUUUAUGCUAAAGAUAAAGAUAUAAAAACGAAUAUAAAAGUUCUCGAAAAGAAUCCUUAUUCAAUAUUAGAAGAUUGGGCAAGUUCUGCGAUACUAGAUAUUGAGGCACUUAUUGAAGCAAUAACAUGCAUUGAUGCAUUUAAAGCAGAAUUAAUCAAAAUAGAAGAAAAUCGAGAAGAAGAAAAAAAAACCCUUUAUGAAUUGGAGAGAGGAAACUUAGGGAUUUUCCAGAUGCUUACAAUGAAGCCUAAGGAAUAUUAUAUUGAAGGAUCAAAAUUGCAGCUAAAUAGAAUAGACAAAGAAGCUUCAAGCUUACAAAAGAUCAUUAAUAUUUCUAUUGGCCAACUUUUGAAUUAUGAAAUUCCAAAAACCAAAGAAGGAAGAGAAAAUUUUGAAUCUGCAUCUCAAGCAUGCCUGAACUUGAGUGUGGACAAUUUAACCGCGCUAUUGCAGCAAAAAACCCGAAUUAAAAAAUGCUUCAAUUAA